GUCAGCUACAAUUGCAGUCCCCAACAUAUCCCGGCCUAUUUGGCUGGGCAGAGUUGAAACAAAUUUUGGCCGCCCCCUGAGAUGAUUUCUGGCCCCUCUUGGAGGCAUGGGCUCGCUUGGCCUGCCUCUCACGCUGGCAGCAUCUUGCAGUGCGCUUUGUAGCGUGCCGACAACGCCCCUCCUCUCGGAGACAUAUAAAUCGGCCGCCGCCUACCCAGCCAUCAAUCACCCCUCCCAUCCGUGAAGCGGUGCUAUUCUUUGUAAUUUUCCCCCAUCUCUUUCAUUUGCGCAAGACUCGCCGGAAGGAAGGCUACAUACCCCUGCUUGCUCGCUCAUCUACGCCUCUGCGUAUUUUUUGGCGCUUUACAUACCAUCGCGUUGCGGAGUAGCUGCUUUAUAAAGCAGGCAUUCCCAUCUCAGCAUCCCUUAUUCUAUUUGCAAGAUCGAUAAAUGGCCAACAAGAACACCACCGACGGCGCUCCUGCCGGUCUGCCCCGCACGAUCACCUUCUCUGCCGAUGACGCCGGCGCUGGAAACCAGCGCACGACGCAGACGCACUACCCCCUGCGCCCAACGACCAGCCGCCAGAGCAAGACGAAUGUGAUUUCGGACAGGAGGCCAAGGACCAAGAAUGUCGACAUCACCGAGCACAUGCUGUCGCUGCAGCAGGUGUGUGAAAAGCCAGCCGAUCUGCUAGCCAAGAACGGACCCAACACGCUGACACCUCCCAAGAAGAAGUCGAGCUUCCAAAAGUUCCUGCACUGCCUCAUGUCGCUGUUCAACCUGAUGCUGAUUGCUGCCGGUAUCCUCGAGUACAUCCUGCUCGGCAUUGAUUUUGAGGCAAACAAGGUUAAUAUCUACAUGGGUGCCAUUCUGAUUGCCUGGUACCAGCAGCGCAAGAGUGAGAACACGCUGGCGGCGCUUCUGCAGAUGAUCCCAGCCAAGACGCAUGUGAUCCGCGACCGCAAGCUGGACUCGAUCCCGGCAGUCAACCUGGUGGUUGGCGACGUCGUUUACCUGCGCAUGGGCGACAAGAUCCCUGCCGACUGCUAUGUGUUUUCAGGCAGCGAUCUCAAGGUCGACAACUCGUCGCUGACCGGCGAGUCUGAUCCGCAGGAGCGUGGUGCCGGCAACAAGAACAACAGCCCCUUCGAGGCCACCAACAUUGUGUUCAACGGCACGCUGGCUGUCUCUGGUGAAGCCUACGCGAUCGUCAUCCGCACCGGUGACAGCACUGUGCUUGGCCAGAUCGCUGGCAUGACAGCGGGCGAGGAGAAGAUGGAUAGCCCGCUGAACAACGAGAUUGCAAGGUUUGUGCGCACCAUUGCAUCGUUUGCCAUUAUCACGGCGGCUGUCUUCUUCAUCAUCGGCAUGGUCAUCAACAAGGACUUCCCAUUCGCCAUCAACUUCGCCAUCGGUACCUUUGUCGCCUGGGUGCCCGAGGGUCUGCCCGCCACUGUUACUAUGCUGCUGACCAUCGCUGCCAAGCGCAUGGCCUCGCAGAACGUGCUGGUCAAGGACCUGCAGGCCGUCGAGACGCUCGGCGCCAUUACUCUUCUAGCAACCGACAAGACCGGUACUCUGACGCGCAACCAGAUGACAGUGACCAACAUCUGGACCAACGGCAAGAUGUUCUCUGCCACGCGCGGCCACCACGACGUCGGAGAGCAGAUCACAGACACCAAUACUGCCGGGAUCAAGGAGGUCCUGUACACGUCGUCGCUGUGCCGCAGCGUCAAGUUUGACCGCACCGACGUGCCGAUGGAGAAGCGCCAGCUUCUAGGCGACGCUACCGAGUCUGGCCUUGUUCGCUUUGCUGGCGCCAAGCUGGGCCAGGAGUUCGACGAGCUGCUGCCGCAGCACCCAAAGGUGUUUGAGAUCCCGUUCAACUCGGCCAACAAGUGGAUGCUUUCGGUGCACAAGCUGGCACACGCCAACGGAGCGCUGACCCUGCUGAUCAAGGGAGCGCCUGAGCGCAUCCUGCGCCUGUGCUCGACCAUCCUGUACGACGGCCAGACAAUCGAGCUGACUGAUGAGCACCGCGGCAUGUACAACGAGACGUAUGAGUACAUGGCCUCGCAGGGCCACCGCGUCUUGGCGUUUGCGCAGCUGCAGCUCGAUGGCUCCCAGUUCCCCGAGACGUACCAGUUCGACAAGAAGGCAGAGAACUACCCGACUGCCGGCUACACCUUUGUUGGUCUGACCUCGCUUGAGGAUCCGCCCAAGCACGGCGUGCGCGAGGCCAUUGGCCGGUGUCGCUCUGCAGGCAUCCAGGUCAUGAUGGUCACUGGCGACCACCCGCUCACUGCCGAAGCCAUUGGCCGCAAAAUCAACCUGGUUCUGGGCGAGACGCGCGAGGGUGUUGCCAGGCGCACUGGCCGGCCUGUCGAAGAGGUUGAGGACGACGAGUAUGACGCAGUUGUGAUCCACGGUGAGAGCAUUACCUCCAUGACUGACGAGGACUGGGACGCUAUUUUCCGCAAGCCCGAGGUUAUCUUUGCGCGCACGUCGCCCAAGAACAAGCUGGAGAUCGUCACCCGUGCCCAGUCUCUAGGCCACAUCUGUGGUGUCACCGGCGACGGUGUCAACGACUCGCCAGCGCUGAAGAAGGCCAACCUCGGCAUUGCCAUGAACGAAUCGGGCUCAGAUGUGUCCAAGGAGGCUGCGUCGAUGAUCCUGCUGGAUGACAACUUUGCGUCCAUUGUCAAGGGUAUCGAGGAGGGCCGCCUGAUCUUUGCCAACCUGAAAAAGUCGAUUCGCUACACUCUUACGCACUCGACCCCUGAAAUCAUCCCGCAGAUUCUGUACAUCCUCGUGCCGCUGCCAGCAAUCCUGACGUCAAUUAUGAUCCUGAUCUGCGCUGCCCUAUCCUAUGCCUGGGAGCCUGCCGAGUCGCGCAACGGCCUGAUGCUGCUGCCGCCCCGCAAGCCCCAGCUGCGUGCCCGCAAGGCCCGCCAGCCAGCCGCCCAGAUCGACCCUGCCACUGGUGAGCCCAUCAAGCCGACCCGGCUCCAGAAACUUGGCCAGUCCGCCAAGAAGCCGUUCACCAAGAUGUUCUGGAAGAACAUGUUUGAGAAGGAGGAGGGCGAGAUUCUUGUUGACGGCGACCUUCUCUCCUGGGCGUACCUCGAGGCUGGUAUGAUCUCGGCCAUCUCGCUCAUCAUCACCUUCUUCGUCAUCCUGAACAAGCACGGCAUCUCGCCGCGCCAGGCUCGCAUCAUGGCGAAGGACCAAGACAACACGUGGUUCGAGAAGGACUCGAAGGUCUAUGUGUACAACGGCCGCGAGUUCACUGGCCACAACCAGUUCUAUGCACUCAACGAGGCCCGCACCGGCGUGUUCAACCUGUUCAUCUGUAAGGCCCGGCUUCGCAUGCCCUUUGGCAAGUUCAUGUUCCGCAACAAGCGCACCUUCUACGGCUUUGGCGCUGGACUCGUGCUGCUGUGCUUUGUCACUUACGUGCCGCCCCUCAACACCUCUAUCCCGCUCUACUGGCUCAUCGCACUCGGCUUUGGUUUUGUCCUGCUUGCCUACGCCCGCCCCAUCAAGUGGAAUCCCCGAGAUCGAGGGCCUGCACAUGCAUCCGAACUAUCUGGAGCACGCGCCACACAACGCGCUCUGUCGAUCUCUCUGCUUAAUAGCCGCUCCAAGUGUCCGACCGUCCGCUAG